GUUUUAAUGUUUCCAAUCUAGAGGAGUGAGGACACUCUUCUAAACAAGUUGUGACUUCAAGAGCUUUUCCAUUUACGGCACAUGCCCACAGUAUUUUGUUUAAUAAGAGGACACCUUUCCGCCACAAACUCUGCCUCCCCUACACUUUCUUGAUUGUGCUAGAAGAGAAGGAGGUGUGGAGUACAGCAGCAGAAGCACCAGCAGCAAGACAAGCAAAGGAAAGGAGAGGGAUAAAGCACUUAUCCACCUUAGGUCUCCUGCUUCAGGUGCCCUUUGCCAAAGGUUGUACAUUUGGGAUUGUUCUCCUAAGAUGGGAAAGCAUGCUUGUGCAACUACAGCUUACUCUUGGUUUUCCAUUACCCUGGAGGACCAAAAAGUCAAUUGAUAGGAAUCCUUGCAGUUGCAAGUAGCAACAGAUGAAAUAGCCAUGAAGGUUAACCGGUUCAACAACAUCCUUGUGAAGAGAGUUACUAAAGAAUUGAAGACAAACAUAUUCACCAGUUCUGUUCUGCAACACUGUGACUGCAAUGUCCUGCUUUUAAGAUGGGUUCUUCAAAGAAUAGGAAGUAAACUGAUAAGAGAAGUCUUCGUUUAGACAAAGCAUACUAAAUAGACACUCCGUUAUCUAAAUCACAGCUCAACAUGGCUGGGGAGGAAAGUGAUGAGUACAAUUUUAGUAUGUGGUACCAUUUGGUACUAUGGUUAAUCGUCAUCUUUAUAUGGUGGAAAUGGAGAGAUGGAGAGAAUUUAGAUGAAGUGGAUCCCGAAGGGAAGUACAUAUUCAUCACUGGUUGUGACUCUGGAUUUGGGAAACUGGCAGCUAUGACCUUUGAUAGGCGAGGAUUUCAAGUGAUCGCUGCUUGCCUAACUGAAAAGGGAGCAAAGGAGCUGAAAGAGGAGUCCUCAGCUAACCUCCAGACAGUGCAGCUGGAUGUGACAAACUCAGACAAUAUCAAGCAAGUAGCAGAACAAGUUAAAAAGGAAGUAGGACAACGUGGUCUCUGGGGCCUUAUCAAUAAUGCUGGUGUGAUGGGACCAUCAGCACCCACCGAUUGGCUGAGGAUUGAGCACUAUAGAGCACCCAUUGAAAUCAACCUGCUUGGCCUCAUAAACGUUACAUUAAACAUACUCCCAUUGGUGAAGAAAGCCAAAGGAAGAAUAGUAAACGUAACCAGCGUUGGUGGCCUUCUGGCAAUAUGUUCAGGUGGUUAUUGUCCAUCCAAAUACGGAGCAGAAGCAUUUACCAACAAUUUAAGACAGGACAUGAAGCCCUUUGGAGUGAAAGUGUCCUGUAUUCAACCUGGCUUGUUCAAAACAGAGCUCUCUGACAGAGUCCGGGUCAUAAAAGAAAAAGUGGCCAUUUGGAAUAGCCUUCCUCCCCCCAUCCAACGGCAGUAUGGUGAACAUUACCUCAAGGAAGACGCAAUAAAGAAAGAAAAAUUAGUCAAGCUGUGCCAGAAUUCAGACCUGUCGCUGGUUGUGAGGUGCAUGGAACAUGCCAUAAUGAGCAAAUAUCCAAAGACUUAUUACAGCGCAGGCACAGAUGCUAAAUACUUUUGGAUUCCUCUCUCAAAGAUGCCCACCUGUAUCCAGGACUAUGUGCUCAUGAAGAACAAAGUUGGGCUAUUUAAUCCAAACUCAGAAUAAGAUCUCCUCCUUUGUUUACUUGGAGUUUCCAGGGGAAGAACUGACUGUGCUGUGGCCAUUGUUUGUUACCCAGUUCAAACUACCCGUUCACGUACCUGCUUCGAAAGUUGUGCUUGCUUAAAUAAUGAAGAUAAACACUCCAAUGUUCAGGCAAA